AUGCCUCAGAUGUUGUCUAGGUGGAGAAUAUUUAUAUUGCUUGUGCUCGCGUGUAGUGAAUUGUUCUUCAUAGCAAAGGCGGACUUUUACAACUCGAACGACGUGCAGCUGUACGCCACGCCCGACGGGUGUCGCACCAACGAGUACUUCGAUUUAUUUGCCAUGAAGUGUGUGGUGUGCGACGACGGAUUGCACCUGAUACCGGGAAAGGACAAGCUAUCCUGCACGUGCAACGAUCAGUCCGUGGCCACACGCGACCAUGACAGUGUCCUUCAGCGGCCGGUUUGUCAAAAUGUGAGUGAAUUCUUCGCCCAGUUCGGUGCGGGCGAGCGGAUCGACACGGUCAACUUUUGCAAAACCAUCCAAAUCGGCGUCAUCAACACGACCAAGUCGUCCCGCACGGUGUACCAGCGGCGCCGGACGUUCCCACCCGGCACCGAGCGGUCGGUUUGCGAGUGCGACCUAAAGGCCAACGCGCUCUACAUCGAGCCGGAUGUUGUGCGCCCGCUGGGACCGGGCGAAUCGCGCGCUGCCCAUAACUUCUGCCUCCCCCAGUCGCUGCUCCGCGACGUGCAGCACUUUCCGGCGUUCAGCUUGAAUCGGUUCCUGCACCAGAACCGGCAGAACGUCAACGUGUACAAAAAUAUCAAAUUCUUAAUAGUGUUUUGUCAUGUGAUCCGGAGCAUGCGACAUUGCCAGCAGUUGGCGAAUCUGUGCGUCCUCAGUUUCUACAGCCUGGACUGGUACUCGCCGUGUGCCAUUUUCUACACGUACCAAACGUACGACCUGACCGCGCUAGGGGCUGCCGGUAGCGGUGCCAGUGUCCCCAGUGUGGUCAGCGCUAGCCAGAGCUAUCUGGCCGGGGAGGGCGGUGGCGGUGGUACGGCGUCCAAGCUGGGGCCCGAAGUCGUGCAGCCUGGAUUGUUCUAUCGUCGCGGAAAGUACGUUGGCGAGCUGCUGGAAAAGUAUUUGGACUACAGUUAUGACAACGAUGUUGCGAAGCAGAUAAACAACACCCUCAACCUUACCCUGGUGAGCUACGAUUUGUACGGUAAUUUGCGACAAUUUCGCGAAAUGCACUUUGCCGACGUAAACCUCUGCGAACGGUACGACGUCAGUCAGGAGCAGCGGAUACGCUUCGGCCAGAACUAUCGGCGCAAAUGUCGGCUAACGGUGGACCGGCUCGUGGAGGACUUUCGGGAGGUGGAGUUUCUGUCGUUGUAUGUGAAUUUUUACGAACAGAAAGUUCGACUCAUGCGCCCGGUGCCGGUGCUGAUAAAGGACGCCUUCGCUCAGAACGAUGGUGAUGAACCGGAACGGUGGCAGCUGGUUAAGAGGUUUCUCCUGGUGGACACCCUGUCGGGGCUGAACGAAUUACACAAACCGCCACUGUACGGGGAGGUCGAUGUGAAGAAUCAGUUCUUCUUUCUACGCUACGUGACGAAGAUCGACAUCGAGUUUAAGCUACAUCCGGAUCAUGGAAAGCAUCCGAACCAGAUUUCGGUACCGUUGGUACGAAUGGAGUACGCACUUCUCAACACAACAAACGCACGGGUUCCGUUCUAUGGAAGUACGGUCGAGUUUCAAUUCAGCGUUUCUUUUACGAAGACUUACAGCUACACCUCUUUGCUCGAAAUCCUACUUCCAAUCUUCAUACUACUCGCCUUUUCUAUGACAGUUUUUCAAUCGUACUGCUACAAAUUACGCCAAAGCAAGGAAUACUAUGAUAUGGAAAUUUUCUGGAACUUUCUUAUCUACCUUGGCUCGUACCUGGGAACGGCUUUCCUAGUAGUUACGGCUAUCAUAGUCCUUCAUGUGCUUUUCAUUUACAAAACACAAAGCACCAUUCACCUGUUGCUACCGUUGGAAGUCCAGAAUGUAGUGGAGGUGUUUAUUUACGUCGGAUUUAGUCUGAAGUUGAUAAAACUCAUACGAGUUUUUUUCUACAUGGCGAAUGUGGACAUUUUCUUCAUCGACUGGGAACGACCGAAAAUAUUCGAUAUAGGCACCAUGAGUCAAAGAGUCCACCAAUUGGAUACACCUUCCAUUGCAUCCAGUACGAAUACCAAACCGACUUCUUCUCACGAUAGUGUUUCGGCUUGGCGGAAUUACUUCAUUGCCAACGAGUGGCAGGAACUGGCGACCAGGCGAAAAAUUUCCAUGUUCGCCCACAUCGUACUGCUGGCGCUUGUGUUUGUUAUAUUUGGGUUCGAAAACUGGUCUUCCAAUGCGUUCCAGCUGCAUCUGUACCGCAACGAAGAAGCACUGGGAAAGCCUGACAAGGUGCUUCUCGUAGCCGUAGGUGUUUUGAUAUAUGCUACGGUGUACGUGGUGCAGCGGCUGUAUAGUUUCCUCAUACACGAUCGGUUCAUCGAAAACGCCAUCCAGCAGUUUAUCGACGUUGCAUCGAUCGCGAAUAUAUCCGUGUUCAUACUGAGUAUGGAGUCGUACGGGUACUAUAUUCACGGACGUUCGCCGCACGGAUUCUCCGACACGGACAUGUGCUCGAUGAUUAUGCAGUUCAAGCGCGAGGAGGAAAAUCUCUGUGGAAAUCGAGGGCUGCUGCCAGGAUCCGAGCAGCAAACGUACUCCAUUUUGGUGCCAAAAAACCUGCGAAUGUUCUACGACAAACUCAUAACGCCGCUGCGAAACUCUUCGUCGCUCGGGCCGCACCAGCAUCUGAACCAGCCGCAGUUGAUUGGAAGUGCUAAAAUGAGCACGAGCGAGGUAUUUACCAGUCCUGGUGGAGGUCGUAUGGAGUACAACUUCGAGCGCACCAUACUGACAUAUUAUAACGUAAAUCGAUUCUUUGCGGCUUUUGUAGAUCACGCACUAAAAGAUGUUGAUUAUAUUAUUCAAGAAAGGAGCAUUUUGGAAAACAUAUUGAACUGUGAAUUUCAAAGCUAUGUGACAGAGAAUAAAGGCGUUUUCUAUAUCGACAACGGCCACUCGUUCGAUCAAAUUUUGUUCUACGGAAAUGAGGGUAUAUUCUUCCAGGUUGAGCUGUUGUUGUUCUGUUGCGUGGUGCUGUUGUCUGGAAACUAUCUGUCAGCAAUCAUCGUCAUCGGAAUCGUAUUCAAGUGUUUCGAAGUGGUGAUGAAUUACGUACUCAAAAAUAAUCUUGCCAAGAAGACGCUUAUUGAUAAACGAUUUUUAAUAUGA